AUGGCUAGCAUUCGCAGACGGCGCUUGCGGUGCUGCGCCUGCCUGGUAGUUGCAACGAUACAAGGACACACGCUGGCUUCCGGGACUUCUGGCUUCGUGACGGCAUCUUUCAGUUCUUUGCGCCGAGGGACACUUGCUGGCAGCCCACGGUGGCGGUGCGCGCGGACAGCUGACAUCGCCGGCCUGAGCACUGUCUCCACAGGCGACUUGGCAUUGGGCCUCGGACUGCUCAGCUUCAUCGUCGCCUACCUUCCACAGGUGCUCCGUGUGGGCCAAGGAAGUGCCUGGCAGGUCGGUGGCUUUCGCUACUUUGCAAAUCGUGGUCGGAAAGCCUUCUCCGACGCAACGCACGAGCUGGCUGCGAAGUAUCCGGGAUAUUCUGAGAACUCCGUCUUCACAUACUUCGACACGUUCGGUGGCAAGGUUCUCCCUGACAUGGGCAGCUAUUCCCGCCUGGUGCGGCUAAUUGAUCGAGGUGCAACCGAUGUCUAUGAUCACAAGCGCGGGCUGGAGCUCCGCCUGCGCGAGUUCGACUGCCCCAACGUCUUUGCCGCCACAUACUUCUCCGCUUCGGAGGCCUUGGAGGCGACCAGCUCAGAACCUGAUGCGAUCUUUUUUGCCAAGCUGCCGGAGCAGAGCGGUGGCCGUGGAAUCCGCGUGCUGAGCCGCGAGGACUUGUGUCAAAAUGAACUGCCAUCAGAGUACAUCGUUCAGCGUGCAGUGCAGGAUCUCGAACUCAUUGACGACCGGAAGUUUGUAAUCCGAUAUUAUUUCGUGGUGCACCAGAAGCGCAUCUAUCUCCACGAACGAGGCGUCUUGAUCGUGCACGGUGCGAGGUACGACCGUCUCAGCGUGGAUUUUGACGUGCAGGUUCGGCAUGACUGGUUCGAGGAGAGCUCCGAGACGUACCUCCUGCUGCUGCAGUCAGCAGAGCAGGCGUGGCCUUUGCUACAGCUCGAUUUUCCUACCGUGUCGGGGCAGCUGCUGGAAAGCUACAUGACGUAA